CUGAGAAAUGGGGCCAGUCUUGGCUCGGCGUUGAACGGAGCGCCUGUCAGUCGUCUUCAACGCUUCCUGCGCCUGCUGCAUCCCGGAGUGGGCCUCAAGCGAUGGGCUCUGAUUGGUGCAGUGGGCGUCGCGUUCUGCUCUAUAGGUGUGGCGUAUCUGAUCAGGAAGUUCUUCUCAGUCAGCUUUCCCGACUUUCUACCGUGGUACUUUGAGGGGUUCUUCCUUCUGGCUAUUGGUGGUGGGGCAAUACUGCUGUCCAUGUACGGCUUUUACAGGGCGCUGAGCCCGCUGUUCAUGCGAUCGCAGUCAAUCGACUCCGUGGCAGAUACUGUCUACAACAGGUGGUCCAGGGGAAGAGGCCCGAAGAUAGUCGCGAUUGGCGGCGGUACCGGCCUGUCCGUACUGCUUCGAGGUCUCAGGCUGCACACCGACAAUCUGACCGCGAUCAUUACCGUCGCUGACGAUGGCGGGAGCUCUGGCAUACUCCGACGUGAGCUCGGCGUGUUGCCACCCGGAGACUUCCGCAACUGCUUGGUCGCCCUGUCUGAAGACGAGUCUCUGCUCACAGACCGGUGCAGUACCGGUCGCACGAGGAGCAGCAGCGGCUGA